AGAAAAGAAGCAUUUAGGAACACAGGUUUUCAAUCCCUCAAGAAUUUUCUCCAACAUCCAUCCAUGUCAAUUUGAUGGAUGGAUGGAUGGAUCCAUUUCUUACAACAGUUCAUCUUCAAGAUUCGCCGUCAGUUGUAACGGCUAUUCCAUCUCUUUCCUGUAAUAAUAAUCGUCGAUGUAAUCAAGGAUUUCAUUAAAUUAAUGUCGUCGUCCUCCUACAGUAGUACUACUUAACCCAACCCUACAAUUCUUCUGCAUCUUCUUCAAUUCCCAUCGGAGAAGAAGAAGAAGAAUCUCUCGACUUCAAUCAAACAGGGUUUCGUUUAUCUGUAAAAAUGGAUAAAGAUUGUCUUUUUCGAUCGCUAUAAAUAAUUACUACAAUCAAGAAGGGUAAAUUAAAGAUUUCCGCCAUGGAUAUGAGCAGUAAUUUCAGGCCUGAGUUUCAUAUAGCGCAGCAAAGCCGUCGGGAGAGGCUGAGAAUCCAGACCGUUUAUCAUCAUCAUCAUCUGAACAAUAUGGACGGUCAGGAUCAAAUCCAGCAGCCGGAGGGUCUUCCCUACGAGUACUGCUCCGGCCAGAUGCUGAAUUUUCCGGCGCCGGCGAAUUCCUCGCAAGGUAAUAAUUUCAAGUUUCCGAUUCCAAACACAGUCGCGAGUAGUGGUGACCCACAGUGCUUUAGCACGUGGAAAAGCAUUGGCUCACAAUCGACCUCAGAUUGGGUCGUUCAUCAAUCAAACUACCCCCCAAUCUUUGUCGGAAAUGGCCUGUCGUCUUCUUCCUCCUUCAAGCUCAUCAACAACAGCAAUAAUGGUAAUAAUAAUAAUGAUAAUCCUGUUGUCGAAUCAAAUCCUGGUAAUGAUAUUUCCAUCCCGAGUUAUCAUUACAACCCCAAUCCAUUGCAAGAACUCGUCAUUGCCUCCUCGUCGAAUGUUCAUCCGUACGGUAGGGUUCAAUUUGGGGGCCAGGAAUUGAACAAUUACUCAUCAGGUAGGAACAACGACGACAAUGGCGAUGGUGAAGUUACCUGGACAGGUACCAACGACAUUUCCGAAACGCAGGCCCUUUCCUUGUCCCUUUCAUCGGUUCCAUUACAGGCUGCUGCUGAUUCAUCAUCUCCAAGCUUCCAUGAUUACAGAAACUUGAAACCUGAGAAUCUCCCCAAAAUUUGGGGGAAUUAUGGUCGACACGAUUUGGGAACCCUAGCUCGACGAAACCCCCGGCCCCUCGGCCCCUUCACAGGUUACGAAACAAUUCUUAGGAGUUCGAAGUUUCUGAAGCCUGCCCAGCAAUUACUGGAAGAGCUCUGCUGUUUUGACAGGCCUAACAAUGGCGGUAAUGGUGCUGGUAAGGCUUUGGAGGAAAUUAGGGUUUCUAAUGGUGAUUCUGUCGCCAUUGAUGCAGCUGGCAAGAAUAGGGCCCUGAAUUGUGGAACUGAUUCUAUACAGCCGCCGGAGAAUCUGCAGAAGAAGGCGAAGCUACUGUAUUUGCAGGAUGAGGUUUGCAAAAGGUACAAGCAGUAUCACCAACAGAUGCAAAUGGUGGUUUCAUCCUUCGAAACCGUGGCGGGUCUCAGCACCGCCACGCCAUACAUUUCCUCGGCUCUAAAAAUGGUGUCGAAGCAUUUCCAUUGCCUAAGAAAUGCAAUCAUCGAUCAACUAAAAAGCAUACGGAAUGCCUUGGGCGAGGACCCGCCGGCACCCAGUGCCGGGACAAGCAACAGCAAAGACGAUCCUAGCAAUUUGAUGCUCAAAUUCUUCGAUCAAAGCUCGCAAAAGCAGAAACGGAGCGCCGCCGUCGGAGGUUUUCUCGAUGGCCAGCACAUAUGGAGGCCGCAACGAGGCCUACCCGACCAAGCUGUCUCGAUCUUACGCGCUUGGCUGUUCGACCAUUUUCUUCAUCCGUACCCGACGGACACGGACAAGCAUAUGCUUGCCUCGCAAACCGGCCUCACUAGAAACCAAGUUUCCAACUGGUUCAUCAAUGCCCGGGUUCGGCUAUGGAAGCCGAUGGUCGAAGAAAUACACAUGCUCGAGAGUAAAGGGAUGGUCGAAGCCGGGAAGCCGAUCGAUCAACCGAAUACCGACAACAACGACGAUACGCAAAAUUUCGCCGCAAUGUCGAGCAUGCCGUCGAGCACAAGCUUGUGGAAUCAAGAAAAGUGUGCUCGAAUCGAAUACCACGCGCCGUCGAGCAUCGGGGGAUCGUUGAUGGGGUGGAUGCCGGGAGUCGAGAUCGGGGGGCUUAGCGUGGGGGCCGUGUCACUUACGUUGGGGCUCCGGCAGGGGGCCGAGAAUGCGCAACGGGGGCCACAGCCGGAGCACAACGUGCGGCUGCGGUUCGGAAGUCAGAUGAUUCGGGACUUUGUCGGAUAACUACUACACUUAGUGUAGGUAAUUAAGGUAUGUUGAGGAAAUAAGUAAGGUUGUGUUUUUUGGGCUAAGAUCGACGUUGCUAGAAGAAGAAAACCUUAGGGAAUUCAAUCCUCAAAGACUAGUAGGGUAGGGAUGCUAUGAUAUAGGUUAGGUAAGUGUAAUUUGAAAAGUUGUGUUUUAAUUAGGUUUGGUAUGAGAGGAUUUAUGCAUUUCAUGUUUAUAUGUAUGUGAUGUACUCUCUCUUUUAAUCCCUAUAGAAGCAGCAAAAAUUAUUAUUA